AUGUUCGCCGCCGCCGCCGGCGAUAUAGUCUACGACACAUGCAAGCAGGUAGCGGCGGGGGAUCCUCAGCUUGAUUAUAGCUUCUGCGUGUAUCUCUUCAACUCCUCGCCUGGGAGCCACAAAGCAGAUCUGAAAGGUCUAGCAAUAAUAUCGAUUGGCUUCACCAUACAGAAUGCUCAACAUGUUCUUGGCAAUAUAAACAAUUUGAUUAAGAGAGAGCCUGGCAACACGUACAAGAAGAAGUGUUUGAGCACUUGCAAAGAGAACUAUGAUGAUGCAGUGAGCGAGAUUAGAGAUGCUGGCAAAGCUAUUGAGUUGGGAAGAAUUAGUGACGCUCGGACUGAACUGAGUGCGUCUUUUGACGCAGCUGACACGUGCGAGGAUUGCUUCACUGAUGGAAAUAUUCAGUCUCCGCUUACUAAGGAUGAUGAUUAUUAUACCAGUGUGGCACGUGUUUCCCUUGCUGUUGCUGCUCUUCUUGACAAAUGA